CCCAUGGUGCAACGGGAUGUUGCUAUGCAGCGUCAUCUUGCUGCGGCGGCAGAUUUGGCGGUGCUGUUGUAAAUACUACACCGAAAGAAGUAGUUGCCGAUCAUCAUAUGUCGUAUGAUUUGGGUGCUGUCAGCAGAGACGGGGUGUCACGAUGAUUCACGAACUGCUGUUGGCUCUAAGCGGGUACCCUGGAACUAUUUUCACGUGCAAUAAACGGACAGGUUUACAGGUGUCCCAGGAUCUACCUUUCCUCCAUCCCAGUGAAACCAGUGUGCUGAACCGUCUGUGCAAACUGGGAACGGACUACAUCCGCUUCACUGAGUUCAUUGAGCAGCACACGGGUCACGUGCACCAGCAGGAGCACUAUGGUGCCCAGCCAAGCCAGUCCGGACUCCAUGGGAUUUACCUGCGAGCCUUCUGCACAGGACUGGACUCCAUGCUGCAGCCCUACCGCCAGGCCCUGCUGGAUCUCGAGCAGGAGUUCCUGGCAGAUCCACAUCUCUCAAUCUCUCACGUCAAUUACAUGCUUGAACAGUUUCAGCUGCUGUUUCCCUCUGUGAUGGUGGUGGUGGAGUACAUUAAAUCUCAGAAGAUCCACGGCUGUCAGAUCCUGGAGACGGUGUACAAGCACAGCUGUGGGGGGCUGCCACCAGUGCGCAUGGCUCUGGAGAAGAUCCUGGCAGUGUGUCACGGGGUGAUGUACAAGCAGCUGGCUGCCUGGAUGCUGCACGGCCUGCUGCUGGACCAGAGCGAGGAGUUCUUUGUGAAGCAGGGCCCCAGUGCGGGGGGAGGGCCCCCGGCCCCUGAGGAGGAUGAUGAGGACCUGGGAAUUGGGGGGCUGAGCGGGAAGCAGCUCCGAGAACUGCAGGACCUGCGGCUGAUUGAGGAGGAGAACAUGUUGGCCCCGUCUCUCCAACAGUUCUCCCUGCGCGCUGAGAUGCUGCCUUCCUACAUCCCCGCCCGCGUCGCUGAGAAGAUCCUCUUCGUGGGGGAGUCCGUCCAGAUGUUCGAGAACCAGAACCAGAACCCGUCCCGCUCCGGCUCGAUCCUGAAACACCAGGAGGACCUGUUUGCCGCGGAGCUCCACCGCCUCAAGCAGCAACCGCUCUUCAGCCUGGUGGACUUUGAGAACCUCAUCGACGGCAUCCGGAGCACGGUGGCUGAGCACCUCUGGACCCUGAUGGUGGAGGAGGCUGAUCUCUUGGGGCAGCUGAAGAUUGUAAAGGAUUUCUACCUGCUGGGGCGUGGCGAGCUCUUCCAAGUCUUCAUUGACCAGGCCCAGCAUAUGCUGAAGACUCCGCCCACUGCUGUCACUGAGCAUGAUGUGAAUGUGGCGUUUCAGCAGUCAGCUCACAAGGUGCUGCUGGACGAUGAUAAUCUGUUGCCUCUGCUGCACCUCACCAUCGACUAUCAGGGGAAGGAGCCCAAAGAGGCUGCUGGGAGCCGGGAGGGUGUAACUCCUCCUCGUGACCCCUCCCCCCGAGAAGCCCCUCCCUCUGGCUGGGCAGCGCUGGGAUUGGCCUACAAGGUGCAGUGGCCUCUCCACAUUCUGUUCACCCCUGCCGUGCUGGAGAAGUAUAACGUCAUGUUCCGGUACCUGCUGAGUGUGCGUCGGGUUCAGUCGGAGCUGCAACACUGCUGGGCUCUGCAGAUGCAGCGGAAACAUCUGAAAUCAAACCUCUCCGACGCCAUCAAGUGGAGACUACGCAACCACAUGGCCUUCCUGGUGGACAACCUGCAGUAUUACCUGCAGGUAGACGUGUUGGAGUCCCAGUUUUCCCAGCUCCUCCAGCAGAUCAACUCCACCCGUGACUUUGAGAGCAUUCGACUGGCGCACGACCACUUCCUUAGCAACCUGCUGGCCCAGUCCUUCAUCCUGCUCAAACCAGUGUUCCACUGUCUGAAUGAGAUCUUGGAGCUGUGCUACAGUUUCUGCUCGCUGGUCAGUCAGAAUCUGGGCCCGCUGGAUGAGAGGGGCACGGCUCAGCUGGACAUCCUGGUCAAGGGGUUCAGCCGGCAGUCUUCGCUGCUCUUCAAGAUCCUGUCCAGCGUGAGGAACCAUCAGAUCAACUCGGACCUGGCCCAGCUUCUGCUACGCCUCGACUACAACAAGUACUACACCCAGGCAGGGGGCACGCUCGGCAGCUUCGGACUGUGAGCCCCCUCGCGCUUCAGAGGGACCUGCCACUCAGAAGGUGCUGCACAGGCACCGCAAGCUUCUCAACGCUGCCUGGAGGGCUGGGCCUCUUCAUAGGGGUAUUUCAGUUCCUAUGCCCCUCUAAAAAGACUGGCCAUAGAAAGGUACCAAACUACAUGUUUACCAAUAGGGCUGACCUUGACUGACCAGUCGAAACGAGACCCGGAAUUGAAAGACUUUGUAUCUCAUUGAUAAUCCACAAAGUCUGUCAGUGGUUCCCAGCAGUUGUGUUGUGUCCCAUGUAUAGCUGUAUAUAAACCUGCCUUCCCUGUACAAAGAUCUGCAAUAAAACAGAGUGCACUUCA